ACCUCCACGGUGGCGGCGGAGCCGGAGCAGUGAACGGCGCCACCCUCUGGGCUAAAGGGCAGCAAGCGGGCUCCGUGGCAGCCCCACCUCGGCCUGGCGGCGCGGCCGGCGUACUGGCCCGGGGAGAGGUUCGGCGGCUGAGGGGCAAGAUGGCGGCAGCCGCGGUGCUGGCUGCCGGGGUGCGCGUGGCGCGCAGGGCGGUGGCGGUGGCGGGGCCGCGGGGGGCACAGGUCCGAGGAGCUGCAGGUGUGACUGACGGAAAUGAAGUGGCCAAGGCCCAGCAGACAGCUCCUAGGGGAGCAGCCCCAACUGUCUUCUCCCGGAUCCUGGAUCGAAGUCUCCCAGCUGACAUUCUAUAUGAGGACCAGCAGUGUCUCGUAUUCCGUGAUGUGGCCCCUCAAGCUCCUGUGCAUUUCCUGGUCAUUCCUAAGAAGCCCAUUCCUCGGAUUAGCCAGGCUGAAGAAGAGGACCAGCAGCUUCUAGGACACCUUCUCCUUGUGGCCAAGAAGACAGCAAAGGCUGAGGGCCUGGGAGAUGGAUACCGACUUGUGAUCAAUGACGGGAAGCUGGGCGCACAGUCUGUGUAUCAUCUGCACAUUCAUGUACUUGGGGGCCGACAGCUCCAGUGGCCUCCAGGUUGAACCUACCAACUGACCAAGAACCUCAGACCUGGAUGCUUGGAGGGUGGGGGGAAAGGGACCCUAUGAUGCUAAUAAACUUACUCUCCCUCGA